AUGUUGCAGAGUCCGAAAGGCAUUAACAUUCUUAUCACAGGCACGCCCGGAACAGGCAAGACAUCUCUUGCUGAGCUUCUUGCACAAGAGCUCGGGGACUUUAAGCAUGUUGAGGUGGGGAAAAUUGUGAAGGAGAAUCACUUCUACAGCGAGUACGACAAUGCGCUUGACACGCACAUUGUCGAGGAGGACGAUGAGGAUCGGUUGCUGGACUUUAUGGAGCCCAUGAUGGUGAACGAGGGAAAUCACUUUGUGGAUUAUCACUCCAGCGAACUGUUUCCACGUCGCUGGUUUCACCUCGUCAUCGUCCUGCGCGCUUCCACGGAGGUUCUCUUUGAGCGUCUCACUGCGCGCAAGUACAGCGAACAGAAACGCGAUGAAAACAUGGAGGCUGAGAUCCAGGGUCUCUGCGAGGAGGAAGCACGCGGGGCCUACGACGACAGUAUUGUUAUUGUCCGGGAAAACAACACUCUUGAAGAAAUGGCCGCAACUGUGGAUUUGAUACGUCUGCGCGUAGAAUCUCUGAGGGGUAAUGCAGCGUCGUGA